GAGACUAAAACUGGCCCCUAAACCAGCAUAGUAGCUAUUUCACCGGCUUUUAGACAUACUUCUGUUUGACGUCUGCUGUGUGCACACGACUCCAUUGGGUACUUCCUCCUAGACCUGAUUCGAGUUUAGAUCAAUUAUAGAUCUACCAGCAGCAUACUAUUAAAUCACAAUGGCCAACGCUAAGCUUAAACUAUACUACUUCAAUGGCCGAGGACGAGCAGAGGUGGCCCGCAUCAUCUUGGCCGCUGCCGGAAAGGAGUAUGAGGACCUUAGAUUUUCCGGGCAAGAAUGGCCCAAAUACAAACCAGAAACCCCUUAUGGUCAAGUUCCAGCCCUCUCUGUGGAUGGCGUGGUGUACGCUCAGAGCGUUGCCAUCAACGCAUUCCUGGCCCGUGAGUUCGGCUUCCAUGGAAAAAACAACCUGGAAACCUUCAAGAUUGAGGAGAUUGUUCACCUCUGGGAAGACUUCUCCAACCCUGCCAUCGACGUUCUCUUCCACACGGAUGACAAAACGGCCAAAGAAGCAGGCAUCAAGAAAACAAAGGAAGAGCUAGCUCCACGCCUCCUGAAAUUCCUUGAAGGCAUUCUGGCCAAGAAUGGAACCGGCUACUUUGUGGGCAACCGCUUGACCCUCAUUGACUUUAUAGUAUUCGAUGCUCUGAAUGGUGGUACUUUGUCUCAGUUUUUUGAUGUCAGCAAUUUCCCCCUGAUCCAGAAAAACGUCGGGCUAGUCAAAUCUAAUCAAAGAAUUGCAUCUUACAUAGCAUCAAGGAAGGAAACUCCGUGGUAGAUUAUCAUUUUCACGGACCUUCAUUAAAUACUUAUAUUAUCAUGAUCUCACUGUGAAACAAAUUUUUCGUUCUCUAUUUUUCUAGAGUCAAAGAAUUAAUUUCCAAUAAAAUUCAAUUUCUUUUUAAAAAAA